UAAUUUAUGCAAAUUGGAGAAAAAUGGAGGGCAGAUGGAGCAAAGGCGUGCUGCACCUUCUUCUUCUUCUUAACUUGAUGAUGUGCGUUGCCGUCCUCGGCCUUGCCGGUUGGUCCAUCGAUAAGUACAUCGACCACAACGCCGCUCGUCAACGUUUCAGAGGUAACAUCGCAACGACAUAUUUGCUGAUGGUCUCGCUGAUCACCGGAGUCACCGGAGUUUGCUCGGCGGUCGCCGGACUAAUUCAUCUCUGUGCAUGGCGUGGGGAUAGCUUGGCAUCUGCAGUCUCCUCAGCCCUCAUCUCUUGGGCCAUCACAACCCUUGCUUUCGGCUUCACGUGCAAGCAAAUGAAGAUGAGAAAUCGAGAACCGCACAUGAAAGCAUUGGAAGCAUUCAUCAUAAUAUUGACUGCAACACAGCUGGUGUAUCUCAUAAUGCUUCAUUUGGGAAUUAAGAGCAGGAAGUAUGGCGCGGGGUAUAGGAGCUACUGCAAUGCUCGUAUGAUGAUGGAGAAUGAGAAUAGGACAGACGCAGCAGCUGCUGCAGGGGCAGAUGAUGUUUAGAGAUUUAGUGGUUGGAUGAUGAUUUGUAGGCACUUUAUGUUCUUUUGCUUUCAAGUGCAAUGUUUUUUUUGGUUUUAGGGUUGAUUAGGAAGAGGUUUAUGAUUGAUGAUGAGUUAUUUAGGGGUGGUUUGGGGUAGUUAUUUUUGGG